AGGCUCAUUAUGUAAAAGAUGCACACUGCAACAAGGCAAGAGCUAUUUUUGCUUUAGAAUCUUCUUACAAGUGGGCCUUAACUGGUAUACCCUGCAGAACCGUAUGGGAGAAUUGUACUCGUUCGUCCGUUUCUUACAAGUUACUCCUUACGCUUAUUACUUUUGCAAAGAUUUUCUUGCAGAGCACUUGAUUAUAGGUAUACAUAAAGUUUCUGUUUUUAAAUCUUGAUUCCUACCCCUGAGGGUGAAAAGAUGCAAUGGCUCAAGUACUUAAUAUAUGUUAUUCUUUGCUUCUCAACCAAUGCUAUUGAAAUGGUUCAGUAACUGUCUCGAAAAAUCUCUUUUAUAAUAUGUUCUUUGAUAAAUGUGGUGUACCCCUACCUGGCGCGAUAACAAUUUAUAAUUUUGUCUAUUUCAAAAAAAUGUGAUGUACUACAGCUUCUCAACUGAGUACCCACAAGUGCCGCCACAAACGUGCACACCACUUUCUCUUGUGGAAUAGAGUAAGUAAUACGUAAUUAAUAUACAUAAUUUUGAGGCUUUAUCUUAUUGCUAUCAUGGUAAAGUUGAAACAUCUUGUUUUUCUAGUAUAUUGCAAAACCUUUAGAAUCAAUUCAAUCCAAUGCGACUAGUAGAGAUGCGAUGGUUUUAUUGAAGCACAAAAUUUUGAAAAACCUAUUGCUAAAACGUACCAAAAAGGAGAGAGCUACAGAUCUUGGAAUUCCCCGGAAAACUGUUAUUGUGAGAAAAGAUUCUUUGGACGUGAAUGAAAAUGAAUACUACCUACAAAUGUUAGAAGAAACCAUGGCAAAGUUGGAUAAAUAUGCUCAGGCUGGACCUCUAAGGAAGAACUAUCCCUCUUUAAAUACACGCAUACAGCAGUCGGGCGUCAAAUUUGUUCAAUUAGUUGGAAACAUGUCUAUUUCUGCAAGAGACACAGCAGUUACCAGAUUUACUGAGGAUCUAGAUUGCAGGAUAUUGCUUGCGAGCUUUAAAGCUGGAGGCGUUGCCCUCAAUAUUAUAGUUGUAUCACAUGUUUUCUUGAUGGAACCCUGCUCGAAUCCUGCUGUAGAGCAGCAAGCCCAAGAUAGAGUCCAUCGAAUAGGGCAGCAUAAACCAGUCAGGACGAUGACUGAUUCUUUUGAGGCCUGGGAGAAACUGUCGUUUGAGGAGUGGGGGUUACUGUUCGAGCGCGACUUCGUUUAGAAAACAUAUUAACAUUUACUUUUUUUUUUUAAGCUUCUAGCAAAAAAUUUGUACCUAGUGUCUGCCAUUUGCCCUGAGGCUGUUGUACAACUUUUGAUCUGUCCAGAGUGAGUUUCUGUUGCCUCUGAAUCACAGUGAUUAGUUCCAUCAAUUGUAAAUUGUUCUAAUUGAUUCCACAAGUAUCUUUCCAUUUUAGUGUCACCAACAUCAUAAAAGAUGCAUCUUCAUACCCUCUCAAGGCAUGGUCAUAGAAAUGUGUAUCUUUAUUUUGCCUUUGGUUUUUGUGUUUACGUGAUACUUUCCAUCUUAGGCCCCUUCCAGUUCUUUCGCGAUUUGGUUCAGACAAGCUUAUCCUUUGUUCUAUUCGUUAACAUAAUGAAUAGUUUUUUUUUUUUUUUUUUUUCAGAUUCCUCUCUUUACCCCCUUUGCCUUAUUUAUAUAUUUUUAUGGUUGUCUUGUACAUAACUUGGAGUGGCAACGUGUGUCAGAUAUAGAUGGGUCGAAAAUAGGUUAAACAAAAAUGGAGGAAAAACACUUAAAAAUAAAAAAUUACUCGUAAAAAAUUUUAAAAUAAGGAAAUAAAAAAAAAUUAAAUAAAAAAAAUUCUAAAAAAAUUAAAAAUAAAAAUGAUUACAAAAAUAAAGUUAAAUAAUAAUUAAAAAUAAAGUUAAUCAUGUUUUGUAGCUUUUAUACUUGUGAAUGGGUGACAAUUGAUGGGUCAAUUUGCGCUCAUUUGAUGGGUCAGUUUGGGUUGAUGAUUUGUGAUGGGUCAACUUGAGUUAGCCCAAAUCGUCUCAUCUUCAAAAUCAAUCUAGUCCAAACCCAUUAAAGCUUGGGAGGAUCAAGUGGAUUUGGACUAGUUUUGCCGCCCCUAAUGACCUUAGAUUAUUCGAAAAAUGUGUUUGUCAACUCACUACAAGGUGAAUUUUUCCAG